CACAAGCGUCUCUCUUAAACAUGGGGUGUGCCAUGAAAAAUAAGCAAAAUUUGCAAAAUGUUCCUGAACUGAUACGGCCUGAUGAUUGCCAAGCUAAUAGCCCUGAUGCAAACACCAGUGAGUAUAGGGUAUGGGAAGGUCUCCAGGAAAUUGUAUGAAGGUCCCUAAUCUAGAAAAUUGCUCAACUAAAGCUGGCAUAAUUGAUACCGCAAUAUCAGCAAGGCAAGGCAUCCUGUAGUUACAGUAUAUGUACAACUGUUAGUGGUGGGUCUAUUUGUAAAUAUUGGUAUUCUGUCACUGUGACAAUGAUCACGCUGUCUUUUCAAUUACACACUCCAGAUUGUAAGCUUAUGUAGACUGAAUAAUAUGCUAGAACACAUGUGGACAGCAUGUACUGUAAUAAUCAAAAUAUGUAAUCCAGAGCGAAUGUUGAUUCAUUAGGCACAAAUUGGAUACUCAGGGAGAUUAUAUGAUGCAUGGAAAAGAUAGCUGAAAAGUCAAAGGUUUCUUCUGAAGACAUAAAAGACAAUGACUGAAACAAGCACCUCCAGCAUGGAAGACACAACAAAUAUGACUGAUUCUGUCCUACAAUCAAAAGUUCUAACAAAAGAGAUUGCAAUAUUUUUAUUUAUACUGAAGUGUAUCAUUGCAGUGUGUACAAUAUGGAGCAACUGUUUAGUAUUCUACACUUACUUUAAAAAACGACAUCUACGUACUUUAACAGAUUUGGCAAUAGUAAGCCUUGCAAUUGUUGACUUAAUCACUGGAUGUGGGAUGCCUUUAGAUUCUGUUAGUUCUUAUUUACCGACUUUGCUAUCGACAUCUGAUGAGCUAGAUAAUCAGUUCUGUUUCAUAAAAUACCUUAUUCUCCAAUUUUCAUGCCAGCUUUCAAUAAUGCAUCUGACUCUACUGAUGUUAGAGCGAUAUAUAAAACUCGCCUUUACGGAUUUAUAUAAUGCCUAUGUGACAAGGCAAACAAUGCUAGGAGCUAUAACAACACUUUGGUUGUGUCAGAUAUUAGUAACAGUACUUCCCAUGACUUUAGGGGCAUACAUUUGGCAGCCAGGCAUCCCUUGUCACAUGGCUCACGUCUUUAAGAAAGAAAUAUAUCGAUUUACGAUGUCCCAAAUCGGUAUAUGUCUUAUCAUUGAUAUCAUUGUGUUCAUAGCAACAUGUCUUUACAUUCUCAGAUUAAAUCGGAUUGUUGAACCUAGUGGAACUUCAAAUGCCUCAAGAGAGAAGUAUCUGACAAAGACGGUCUUCAGCAUGACGGUCUUGUUCUGGUUCAGUUGGCUUCAGGUGUUUUUCAUUGUUAUAUUCGUUAAAAUAGACCCAGAGGGUGGAUCGUUAGCAUCGUUUGUGGUUGUAAACAUUUCAGUUCUUGUUGCGCAACUAAAUUCUUUGGUGAACCCAUGGGUUUAUAUGUUGCGGAAUAAAGAAGGGAGAAAUAACAUAUACAGAUUGCUUGGAUGUCAGGUUGAAACAAAUGUUGUAAGGAUUCAAAGCAAUGACAUUCCUACUGUUGGUCCAAGUGUUGACCCUAAUCCAACUGGUGGCUCUAAUCCAAUAGAUGGCUCAAUAGAAGAAGCAAUGGACAAAAUAGAUCCAAGUGUUGACCCUAAUCCAACUGGUGGCUUUAAUCAAAUAGAUGGCUCAAUAGAAGAAGCAAUGGACAAAAUAGAUCCAAGUGUUGACCCUAAUCCAACUGGUGGCUCUAAUCCAAUAGAUGGCUCAAUAGAAGAGGCAAUGGACAAAAUAGAUCCAAGUGUUGACCCUUAUCCAACUGGUGGCUUUAAUCAAAUGGAUGGCUCAAUAGAAGAAUCAAUGGAUAUAAUAGAACUUAGAGACAUUGAAGUAGAAAAUGGUGAAAGUCCAAAGAAUGAGGAUGAAGGCUUUUUUUAAUGACAAGACAUCUUGGAAAACUAAUGUAACUCAAAAUUAUUUAUACGAAGUCUUAAAGAGUAUAGUCUCCCCAGUGUUUUUGUAGGAGCAUGCACUUACAGCACUUACAUGUAAAGACAUGUCUAGCUUCUCUUAGAGAUAAUUACAUAUGUUUUAAUUGAUGGAAAUUUCUAAGUUAGACAUGUCUCCCUUGGAUAAUAUGACUUAACUGACUUCAGCUUUUUUCAAAACUGGCACAAUAUGUCUAAAAACCUGUCAUUAAAGCCAAGCAUGACUGUCAAAUACAGCUCAGACUGAUUGGUCAGGUGGGUGGAGGACAUGUUCAGUAAUUAAAUGUUGAACUUGUAUAU